AUGUCAUCAAUUUCCACUCAGAACCAAAAACCUCUUGUCACUUUAUUGCUAGUCCUCGUCACCAUUUCUUCAGGCAUAUUUGCCGCGCCAGUAGACAAACGAAACUUCCUAAAUUAUGGUUAUCCACAACCCUUUGUGACUUUUCAGGAAGCAAACCAAAACAUUGCCACCACAGAAGCCGCCAAUGUUAAUUCCUUAGGCAUCGAAACCCUUAACGCUGCUGAGGCUGCUGCUACCUUUGAUAAUGAGAAUCUUGCAUCAUUAUUGAUUCUCAAGCGUAACGAGGACAAACGUAACUUCUUGGGCGCGGGCGGCAUGGGCGGCGGCUUCCAACCCUUCGUGGCUUUCGAGACGGCUAACGAAAAUAUUGCUACCACUGAAGCUGCUAAUGUAAAUUCUCUAGGAAUUGAAGCCCUUAACGCUUGCGAAGCUGCUGCCACCUUCGAUAAUGAGAACGCUGUAACAGCUUUGAUUGUCAAACGUGACGAGAACAAACGUAACUUCUUAAACAAUGGCUUUCAGCAACCUUUGGUGACCUUCCAAACCGCCAACGAAAAUAUUGCUACCACGGAAGCCGCUAAUGUCAAUUCGUUAGGAAUCGAAGCUCUUAACGCUGCCGAGGCUGCCGCAACCUUCGAUAAUGAGAACAUCGAAUCAGUUUUAAUUCUCAAACGUGACGAGAACAAACGUAACUUCUUGGGCGCGGGCGGCAUGGGCGGCGGCUUCCAACCCUUCGUGACUUUCGAGGCGGCCAACGAAAAUAUUGCUACCACGGAAGCUGCUAAUGUAAAUUCUCUAGGAGUUGAAACCCUUAACGCUUGCGAAGCUGCUGCCACCUUCGAUAAUGAGAAUGCUGCAACACUCUUGAUUCUUAAGCGUGAUGAAAGCAAACGUAACUUCCUAAACAAUGGCAUCGCCCAACCAUUCGUGUCUUUCCAAGUCGCUAACGAAAACAUUGCCACCACGGAAGCCGCUAAUGUUAAUUCCCUAGAAGUUGAGGCUCUCAACGCUGCUGAGGCUGCUGCUACUUUCGAUAAUGAGAACUUUGCAUCAUUGCUUAUUGUCUAA